CGAACGGUUCUUUUUUUCUCCCCCGUUGGCGAGCGGGAUUUUUGACACGGUCGACGUUCGAUCGACUUGCAUUUGUCUCGGAGCAUUCUGCCGAUCAUAGUCCUCGACCAGGUGGUGCAACGAACACGUGAAAAUUUGGCGCAUCAGCGAAGAUGCGUCACGUGUAUCGCCCUGCUUGAUCGAACAGUCGUUCUGUCAUCACGCGCCUUUUGUGAUCGAUCGAUUUGAUUUUCGAGUGCCGCGAGUUUCGUCCGUAAAUUUUCCCCGGCCGCAACUCUGACGAUUAAAUCGAAAGAAAAAGUGUCUCUCUCUCUCUCGUCGCACCAAAUCAUUAAAAACGCGCGUCGCGUUUCAUUUAUUAUUCCGAAAGCCAAAGUUUCUCCUUUUAAUCUAUUAUCGGAGAAAGUAUUACGGAUUGCUGGGGCGAAUUGUGUUGCAGUGACUUGAAAUGAGACAUAGGAUUAGACACGAUUGAGCAGCUGCAAGAAUGGCAAGGACACUUUUGUUGAGCCUGGUAGUAACAGUGCUGCUGGUUUUUGCUAUUACCGAUGCCUCUCGUGGACAAACUAAUCAGGUGAAUGGACAGAAAAUACAGAAUCGCGGCACUACGCGGUAUCACGCCGAGUCGACGACAGAAUCGAGUAGCUUUUCUGUAUCGACGACUAGGUCGCCUCGCGACAAAAAUUCCCGCUCGGAAGCAGCUUCCGAUUUAGCGAAACAUGAGACGGAUCUUGCUAGGGAAAGUUCGAGCAAGACGCGGUUAAAAACGCCGGAUGGCUCCGCUGUCUCAUCGCGGACAAACGUAAACAGACAUGUUAAUCUCAGUACCGAUAAUGUACGAAAUCGUCCAAAGUCGCAUGCACCAGCCCCUAAAGAAAUAACAAGAAGUAGACACGGUGACAAUAAAGAGAAUGUGCCUGAGUCGCAAGCGCCGAAACGACAGCCAGCAUCUCGAAGAGCAUCAUCAGAAACAUCCACUGUCUGGGUGGAUGAUGCAAAGCUGGAUCUCGAAGUGUACACGAAAUCACCUGGUCAUUCAAGAUCGAGAACCGGUAGAAAGAUCUACGCAAAUCUCAACGGGAAAGAAUCGAGGACUCAAGCAAUUCCGUCCAGAACAAUCUCAACUGAAAAACCUCAAACCAUCACAGACAAGACCGAAAGUCCAAAGAGUGGAUCGGAGAAGGAAGAGGCACCAAUGGGACAUCGAAUGAUUGAAAAUGUUACGAAAGCGAACGCAUCAAGGGAGACAGAUACGAAAAGCGUGAACAGUUCUAGCGAUCAUAAGGAUAGGGUGAAAGAUGAAAGGGAUGUUCUUCUCUCAGGCUCUGAGAGUGUCAGGGUGGACGUCCCGCUGACAGUCGGGAUUGAUGAAGAUGCCAAUUCCAAUUUUCUAGCGUCCUCCACGAUUUCAUCCACUAAUGUGUCGUCGAGACAGACGUCGAGACCGAUUAAGGAGAAAGCGGAGAGCAACGAUAUCGCGAGAUCAAGCUCUAAGAAGAGUCGAAAGUCCGACCGAUCGAAAUCUCGCGCGAGAUCCAACACGAACGAUUCGAAUUUCGACGUAAUAAAUCUCGGCAACGCUCCCCGACGUGGUACGUCGAAAUUCGGCGGCACCGCGACUGCGGAGACAAGCGGACGGUCUUCCAAUUCCAGACACAGGUCCGGUACAAAGGGCACAAGAACGAAAUCCAGAAGCCGUUCCUCGCACAAGUCGAAAAGUGUAGCGACAGAAACGAAAGGUAGCAGAAGCAGAGUCGCUGAUAUCGAUUUCGAAACGAACGGACGGACGGAAAAGCGACGUACUUCGUCCAAUGAUAGACGCACGUCCGAUAAACGACGAUCCAACGAUAGAUCAAAAGUUGCGGAAACCAGAGGUCGAUCGCGCACUGCAAAUAGCUUUGACGUUACCACUGCUUAUAUUCCGAAAGCGACGAUCGCCGAAACUACAACCGUUUCUUCUGUGGGCACAGAGAUUACGACAUUCAGUUCUACUUUUGUAACAACUAAGGCACCGACAACUGCUGCUCGAACGUCUUCUUCCGAGCGAACUUCUCGAAAUAAAGGGAGAGACAGGGGAGAGAAUGCUCGAUCGAAGAAACCACCGAAGGAAGAUUUCUUUAAUCAUGGCCUAGGCUUUCGCGGUCGAAAGAGCUCGACUGAAGGAUCAUUUUCGAACGCAGAUUUGAGGACCACUACGGCUAAAAGCGAGACACAAUUACGUGGCAAUCCCGGAUGGACUCUUAGACGUCGACCUAGUCACGUCAAUCACGAUGCUCCAUCUAUUACUUCUACAUCGAUUAAUCGAGAUCAGACCAACGAAAUCAUUUUACCUAAUGAUACACUGACGAGCACAGAUACGCCGUUAAGUAAUGCAAAAUCCGGAAGAAGAGGGACGAAGAGGCCAAAAACAAAGGAUGAAAGCAAUACUGUAUCAGGAAUUGCGGCGAAGAGUGUAACGAGAGGUAGUAAAACUUUCAACAAGUCUGAAAGCUUCGGCCUACCCAAAAAGCUAGAGUUGGAGGAGAGCGACAAUUAUCCUCCUGCAUUCCGAGCUAGACUGAACCAAUUGAAAACUAACGUGAAACCUACUGGGGCCAAGAGUACAACUAGAACACACUUACAGGAACAACUGAAGGAACAUACAUUCCAUCGGCAUGUACGAUCCAGCACGAAACCGAUGCAUGUUUCCGAAAAAAUUGAAACCGUGGGAAAUGCAUUUACGAGAGACGUAAUCUUAGACGUCGUACCUACGAACCCCUUAACUUCGAUACUCGACCCAGAUACGCGACACGCUACGAAAUCAAGUGCAGGGACAUUUUUCUCCGAAAGGUCUAAGAUGAAACUGGAUCUAGCUAGGCGAUUAAUUAAACCUGAACUGAACGUAGACGAGAAUGCAUACGACGUAACAACGACGCCAUAUUCCGACAAAUCGAAAGCGAAGGAAGUUACAGCAGUCAGUGAGAGCAGAAACGUAGAAAAGACGACGAAAGCAACUAAAGCCAACGGUGUCCGUAUCCCGCACGGAAGUUUGAUAAUCGAUAACGAGGAAAAAGAAAAAUCGAGAGCGAGAGCCAGAUGGAAGUUCUUGGAGAGCAGAAAGUCCUUGAAAGGUCCUCGAAACCUCGAAGUUUCACCUAGAUCACCUAUAGUCACGUCCAGGAAGAGCCGAGUAACUACCGAAAAAACGAGCACGCUUUUGUCCGCAGGAAGAACUUCAACGAAAAGUGCCAGCACUGUACCUUCCGCAAUAAUGGCUUUGCAUCGCGGUACUAUCGACGCGACAAAAAUUCAAUCUUCAGUGUCGCAGAGUACUGCGGCAUCGAGAGAGGAAGCGACAAAUUUGGCAAACACGGUGGAAACUUUGGAUAACAACAUUGUUACAACGAUCGAAUCGAUAAAACUGGAUAAGGUAUCUAACGAAACGCCUGUAUUAGAUAAGCAAGGAUCUAAAGAUGCUUACGAUGCGCAAAAAAGAGCAACAACCGUGAUAACGGACAUCACAUCAAUCACUGACGCAUCGGAAUCCAUGAAGACCUACACCACGGACUUUCCUCAGGAAGUGACACUGUCACCGACUGUCACCACAUUGAAGAGUACGCAUUCAUUAGUGACUGUAACGCCGGAGAAGGUGUAUCCUGUCUACGUUCCUGACACGAAGAAAUACGAGUACGACUUUACGGAAAACAGGGAGAAGAUCAAAGUCUCGGAUGAUACAGCAAAAAGCGCUUUUCGACCUCGUUAUGCGAAGCAGGAGCAAUCGGACAAGGUAGCGGUGUCUAUGGUGGUAUCGAGGACAGUCGGGCCUACUAGCAGAUAUAUCAGGAAGAAGACGGGUGUCUUCACGCCAUUCGAUGCUAUUCCCAAAGCAUCCAGCACGGAACCGACGCAGACGCAGACGAAACGACGAGAAUUUCGUCCGCGAACGGCGACUUAUAGGAGGCAUUCUGAGGGGCCGACUAGCCAGUUGAUCCAGCAGACGACGGCAACCAAAGAGAAAACUACUGACAUCACCAUCACGCCAAAACCGACCAAGUAUCACGCUCAGGUCACACCGAGCAGUCGCUCCUUGCUUACCGAACCAUUCGUCAGCGUGACAAUCGAUAAUUCGAAUGACAUCACGCCACUCGUGCCCGGUAUCACCGAGAGCAAUAAUAGUAGCAACAGCAGUAACAUUUUCAGUCCUACUAGGAGUACGUUCCUCAGCACGAACACCACCACGUUGCUGGAGCAACUGCGAAGUACCGUCGCGCCGCUUCUAAACACCUUGGGUGACAAGACUCCCGUCUUCUCCGGUGCCUACUCCAACGUGGAAAGCGGGAAUUCAGCUCCUAGGAUAACGCCUAAUGGUUCUCCGCCAAGAUUCAGCGCGAGAUACAAAGGAGCAGAAUUGUUUGUGAGAAAACCAUCCAUUGGUCAAGCUGUGGUACCAUCGAUCACAACGUCGUCGACCACGGCCUCGACACCGUUAGAGAAUUCCGGUUUGGCACCACCCGUUGACAUCAACAGCCCCGGCGAGCCCAGAUUCGUCACUUUUUAUCAGGCAUUAGAGUCAGCUAGCAUAAGAAACGAGAAUCUGGGCGCGGACGAAGUUUCCCAACAACAGCAAACACUAACUGGCGGGGUAACGAAGGUAGACUCUAACGCUACUGUACCUAACGGCGCCAGUAACGACACUGCUAACAACAAUGACACCGCAACAAGCCCCAACGCAACAAUCACGACCACAUCCUCCCCAGAUACUACCGUAGACACUACCACUACCAUCGCCGCUCAGCCGGCGAACGUUUCGCUCUCUUCGAGAUUAGGUACGGAGAAUACCCCCAACGGUACCCCGGAAACCGCCUCGACGGUCGAGACCCCCGCAAAUCCAGACCCGAGUGGAGAUACCACUCCAAACGUUAACAUGAACGAUACCAAGCCGGCCCCUACCUCGGAAUUGCCCGGAACCACCUCCGAUAACACGAUAACAAGUACACCGAUCAGUGCAAACGUCUUGGGUACAUCAGAGCUAGGUCUCACCGAAACCACAUUAACCACAUCGAGUGUAGAGACCUCGAGCAUGCCAUCCUCCACGGAAUCCAUUUUCAGCGAUGUUCGAUUCACUGAACAGUCUGUGGAUACGAGCACCGCAACUACGGAAAUGUCAUUCAUCAUCGAAACAGUAAACACAGACGUAUCUACGCCCGCUUUUCAAAAUCUUCAACUGGAUAUUUUCUCCACAUUUUCUCCAAAUCCCGAGAGUUUCACGAUAACGCAAAUAACGCCCGAAAUAACUACCGUGCCCGCAACGAAUGAUGCAUUCGAGGAUAUUGAAAUUAAUACCGUGCAACAGUCUGAUGAGACGACGCCUCCGGCAACGGGUGCUCCAAUAAACGGCAUCUCCGAAAACGUAGGGGCAAAUACCGAGCGACAACCCGACCUGACAAUACCUCAAACGAUAGAAAGCUCAACAAUAGAAAUUAAUAAUAUAGUUGAAGAUAUAGAAACGAAUAAUGUACAACAAUCGGAUACGACGAUUCCGUCUCAGAUAACGGAAACCACGAGUACAACUGAGCUGACUACGACAGAGGAGAUCUCCAACGAUAUCAUUCAGACUCAGACAACACCGGCAUCAACUGUAACAUCCACGUUUCGCACACGAAUAAUCGAUUACGCGCAAGAUAUUCUAUCGCGUUUGCAAGGUAGCCUCCCCUCAACUAGGGCACCCAAUCAAACGCCCAUCAUCGCUACAGCUGUAUUGCCGGAUUCGCCGCCAACAAACACAGAGAGUCCCGCGCGAAUACAGGAAGCGACCACUGUGCAGGAAAUUGGAUCAGGAAACAUUCAGACGACCACGUCACAGUUGACCCUGGAAGUGCAAGAAAUGACCACCCAGAAUACAGUAGGUUUGGACCCUCCAGAUCCGAGUGCGGAACAGAGAUUGUCGAGUAAUGUAAAUGUAGAGCGCAACGCGACGUUAAAUUCUGAUUCAAUGAUGACAACAACUCAGGAUACGCGUAGCCUGGGAGAUUCACCGGUAGACGCAAGGGUUGCGGCUACCACAUCAAUGCCGAGCUCGCGAUUCGUCGAUUUUGUUACGGAAAGCGACCCUUCGUCAUCAUCUAACGAUACAUUACUCACCGAGCUAAUGACUAUCGCGAAGAGUCUUUUCUCGGAAGCAAUGAACGAUACGCGACAACCGUCAUUCGUGCCAAGCCAGAUUUCCGAUUUCGAAGCAACUACGGUUCCAGACGUGAGUAAUUUGUCUCGAGCUAACGACACGAUAGAAAACGCUGAUAAAAAUGAAGUUGCAUCCUCGAAUGACACGUCAGAAAGGACCACUGCAUCUUCCGCACUUCCGACCUCUUUAGAAAGCAUUACCGGAAAUAUAAACGUCACUAUAUCCGUUGAUUUAUCCGGAAGCGAAACAGGAGAUAGUUCCAAUCGCGCAUCUAUGGUAGGAUCGGAAAUUUCGUUAAUAGACUUUAAUAUGCGACCCACCGAUGUGAAAAGUCCAGUCGAUGUAGGUGAUGUAACUGCAAUACCUCAAAUAUCACUUUCCCAGAUAAAGAUAGAAACACCGGACACAAUAACGCCGGCCAGCAUGAAUUUUGAACUAACUACUAAUAUACCCGACUCACAACCAUCUAAUCCAACUGAACCAACUGAUAAUAAUAUCCGACAAUGGAAUACUUUGGCCAUCGAUUUCGCGCAAAAUCAACUUACGACUUUAUCAAAUAAUAAUUUCGAACUUACAGUGGAUUUCACUACUAAUAAUCCCGUAAUGACUUCUGUUACCGCGAAUACAGCAGAAAUACUCGCUGAUUUACGUGAGUCCACGAACAUAUCUGCGGAAAUGGGAUUAACCACUAGCGUAACUAUUACGGAGGUAAAUGUCACGCAGAUAAGCGACACUAAUCAGGCAAUGGAACCCACCACGGUAAAGCCCGCAUCUGAUCCAACGAACGAUCAAUUCCUUGUAACGAAUGCACCGAGUAUUACCACAAUGCUUCCAAUAGUGUCCGAUGAUAAUGCAGCCGAUACAAGAGAUACUCAGCCAUUUAGUACAGAGCCUCCCAGAAUUACGGAAUCGAUCCGUAAUUUAGUAAACUCCAUCGAAACCACCACUAAUCAAUUCAACGACAUAACAACAAACGCUCCCCAAAUGAUAACCAAUCUCGUAAGCGAGACGCCAAAUCUUAUUGCCCGUUUCCAGGAUACUACAACGGCAACAACAACCGCCCAAAGGACGGCUGGUUCAAGCAUCAUACAACCCCAGCAAACGACCGAAACUACCACCAUUCCAUCCCCAACAUCCCCUGAAUCCUUCAUUGAUACGACAACUACCCCAUCACCGUCAGUCCAAACGACGGCAGCGACCACGACAACGACAGAGACCACAACAACGACAGCCAUUCCUCAGACAACGUCAAUAAGAUUAUCGUCUCAAGCUGACUUCACCACCACUGCCGGUUCGAUGCCCGAAACCACCAUUCCUACUAUCGACAUAAACGAAAAUCUCAUCUCCACCGAGGCGUCGACCAACACCCCAACUACGCAAGGUACAACGGUCACACUAAGUGAAGCGGAUGAUCUGAACGCGAUAUCUAGGAUGGAUGUCGGCGAAAUGCCGAUGACGACAACGACGACGAGUACCACACCAUCCACAACUACCGCAGCACCAAUGAACACGUCCACAGUACCUACAACGACUACGUCUACCACACAGGCCGCUAUGUCGAACGGAACAACACGUCCACCAUUCGCACCAGUCAAUACCGCACCCUAUUUUGGACGUUUGGGUCCAAAUCAAAGUCAAAUGACCCCAACGUCAAGACCCAGCUCGUCCAACAGAGCACCGGUUCGGGACUACUUGAUUUAUGGUAUUUAUCCUAAUAAGACCAUCGUGCGGAAGCGACCGGAGGACAAUUUGAUCGAUCCCAGGAACGUGGACAGCCCGUACGUGAUAUUCGGCAUCUACCCGGACGGCCGAUUAGUGCGAAAGUUCCCCAACGGGACGAUAAUACCGGAUUCACCCAGGAACCCGGUCGAGGUUGUGUUCACACUUAGCACUACCACUACUACUAACCGACCAGUACCCAGGCCGUUUUAUAACCAGGCUAACCAAGCAGUCACUUAUAACCAGAAUCAAGCCCCAGUGUACUAUAAUAACCGUAGACCCGUGGACGAGCUGACGGCAGGCGGCCAGAAUCCCAGCCCAAUUGAUUUUGGACUUACUGGUAACGCGAUUGGCGUCCCCCCUGGAGUUGGCCCCAAUUUCGCAGGAUCAUUCGGUCCCCCUGCUAGCGUCCCGAGCACAAACAAAAUGAGCGAUAUGUUAUUAAACACUCAAAUGGGCACGUUGCCGAAUGCAGCUUCGACGAUCAGUAACGUACAGAUGUCAAAUACAAAUAACGUUCAACCACAAGGUCCUGUCGGCUCCAUUGUCCAAGAUCGCGAUAUGAAUGAAGCUGCCCGGACAAGCGUAACGUCUGAUCAACGCAGUUCUGUAUAUAUUGGACAAGAUAAAUUUAUUAAUUAUCAAAUUGCACCCAACGUCAAUCCGAAAGUUGUUGAUGUGAAGAUAAAUUCAAUGGCUACUUCUGUAAGUGAAGGUACAGCAUCAUCUACAGCAUCGAUUCCGUCCUUUGAGAAUUUGUUAAACAAUCAAUCGAGUAGUAAUGGAAUAAUAACUGCACCACCUGGUUUUCCUUGGAGAGAUCCUCUCGAUCAGAUAUUCGGUAUUACUACCAGUUCGCCUAUACAGACAGCAUCCGUGGCAUCGAAUCAAUUGGACGAGCCGCCUGAAAACAACGCAUCGAUUUUGCCGCGUCCCAUAAAUCCUCAGGUAGAGAUAUUCACGCCAAUCAGGAGUGGCGCAAUCCUAAAUACCAACAACGGACCAACAACAAGUUUACCAUUAACUAUUGCGAGUACCACUCCCGCUACUACUAAUGCUAUUAUUAGUACUACAACACCAGCAUCGACAACUACUGCAGCUACUACUACUACUACUACCACCACUACUACAACUACUACUACAACUACAACCACUUCGACAACUAUCCCUGCACCCACGAGUACAACCGGCCAACCGACUACUACGCCAAGUACAACAUCCAGUAUUGCGCCAAGUACUACCGCUCGACUUGUGACAACUGCCUCUUCUAUAAUUGCUAAAGCACCUAUACCACGGGCUACAUCGUCACCAAGUGCGAUAUUAUCCGCGAGUGACGUACUAAACGGAUUACAAGCGAACACGAAGGAAAAUACUUUUGGCACAACAUUCGAUGAUCUGGCUUUCUUAAAUUCACUGCUACAAAACAACGUCAAUCCCACCACCCCAAAAACAUUAAGCGAUGUAGAGCAAAUGUUAGCGAACAGGAUUUUAGCACUUGCACUGGCUAAACCUGGGCUGACACGAUCGCCGAAGGCGAUUCAAGACGCGAGUUUAAACGUGAAUCUCAACAGCAUUAAAAAAGAUCUCCCAUCACCAGAACCACCCUCCGAACCGAUAAUAAUCGACUUGUUACCGUAUUCUUCUGCAACAAACUUGGGUUUAAGUACACCAGCUACAAAAACAAAAGCAAGUACAGCAGCGUCAAGUACCACACCGCGAUCCAGUACCACACCGGUUACGACUAAAGCACCAGUUGUCAUUACCGCCAAACCCAAAACGACAGCGAGACCAAAAACUAGCACUACCCAAGCGCCCGUAGGAUUCGGUAUGAGUUUAUGGAGAGCGUUGUUCGGUGAUAACUUCUUCAAUGCGACUAGAGAAAAACCGAAGCCUACAAUUAAAACAACGACUGCCAAACCUGUCCAAGCCACUCAAAAGCCCAUUGAAAUUACUCAGAAACCGGUGCAAACUGUGAAAUCAACCACGUAUGCGAGCCAUAUUAUGUCAGCGGUUCCGAGUAAACCGCCACCGUCAUACACCACGCGAAGAAGCGUGGACAUUGCGGAUAUUCAAGUAGCCUCGACCGCAUCGUUCGCAGACAGUAUCGGUUCCGCAUCCGCUUCAACACCAAGCUCAAUCUCAUCAACGCCAAGCUCAAUCUCAUCAACACCAAGCUCAAUCUCAUCAACCACGCUUUUGAACAAUCCGAAUCCGAGACUGACCGACGUCUCCACGACCACAUACUCGCCUGAGGAUGACGCAAAGUUCUUGGCUGCGCUAUUACGAGCCAUACAAACGGAAUCACAAACAAGUACAUCUACAACGACUCAACGUGCGAUAACCGAGGAUGACGAAGCUUUCUUGAGAGCAAUUUUAAGUCAACAACCUAACAUUUUGAGUGCGACCGCAACAUCAUCAUCCGAAGUGAAUCCUGCUGCUUUGCUAGCAUUACUCCUAAAGCAGCAAGGAAUAGAACCAUCGACUCCAGCAACAAAUCUUAGAGAGCAGUUACGAUUAGCCAGUCUAGAUCUGACUCAAUUGCAACCGGAUCCAGCUGUGACUACCACUCGACCAACAACGACGACGACGACAACUAACAGACCGAUUUUCUCAACUCAGUCAACAGUCAGUACGACAAGGAAAGUGACACCGAGACCGUCUCCGAGAUCAAGGCUGCAGACUACGACAUGGUCCCCUAGUUCAACGUAUCCACCGCCAUUAUUCGGACAGAAUUCAGGUAGCGGUCUGGCUACUGCUACUAGAGUCUUUGGUCAAUUCCUUGGCGCUGCUAUUUCGGGUGCAGCCCAACAACUCCAAUCUUUGUUGAGAAAUGGUACCAGAAACGUGAUCGGUUAAUAUUAAGAUGAAAAAGACGGUGUCUUAAUUUCUGCUCAACCUGAGAACAAAUGCUAGGGUUGGGGCUGUAGUAGCUUUUAAUUAACGUGCGCUUACCGUUGAAAGCGCAUAUAAUGGCAACGAAUUGACAACACGCUAGGAAAGUUCAAUCAAGACGACAGCGCACAGUAAACUUGCUCAACUAUUACUACGAACGAAUUACAAAAUACAAUGUCAUGAACGAACAGAGAUCUCAUAUAAUCUUUUUUAUUCUCUAUUAAAAAUAAAAAAGCGAGAUUUUGCUCAAAGUAGAUAAAUUAUGCACAUUUCAAACUUACGUCAGGUUUUAUGUCAAAUAUCAAAUUUACUUGGUGCACAUGACGGUUUUUAAUAAUAUUGGGAUAAUUAAUAUGUAUCGUAGGAUAAAAAUACUGAAUG